AUGGGUUCAAAGCUGUACAUCAAGCAGGAUCUGAUGAUGUGUGAGACGGACUAUCGUCGUCUUUACGGUUAUCGUGGAAUGUGCACCAGUUGUCGACAAGUAAUACCGCCGUGUGAUCUGGUAAUGCGAGCCAGUUUUGUGGUUGGCGAACGCUUUCGACUUCAUGACAAUCAGAUUCUUUGCGAAAGUGAUUGGCGAGAGCUACGAUUAUUCUCGCAAGCCGCCUACAACGAUCGAAGUCUCAAUCUGAUCGCUCGCAAUCUUCGUGAGAUGCCCGACUUUCAGCCGGUCAGCACUUUGAAAAACAAAGGAAUCGGUUUUAUGAAUUCGAUGAAAACUUUUAAAAAAAAGGUAGACCUCACAUCUUUCGGAAAGCAAUGA